AUGACUUUGUCAAUUCCAGAAUUAAACUUCAAGGCUUAUACUUAUAAAAACAGGAGUACUCCUGUUCAUUUGACUGAUAAAUCAAUUAAAUUAGUCAAAGAUCCAUUAAAUCCUGACUCCUAUAUUGCUCCUCCCGGUAAGAUCUUGCUUAAAAUCAAUUAUACAUCAUUGAACCCUGUUGAUGUUAAAUUGCACCAUCUUGCCACCAGUUUGGUUUCAUUAUUAUUCAAUAAUCAAAAUGGAUUUGGUAGAGAUUUUAGUGGUGAAGUUCUUUCCAUUGGUGAUAAUGUGAAAACCAAUGUUAAAGUUGGUGAUUUAGUUCAAGGGAUUUAUCAUAAAGUUUAUUUUCAGGGUACUGCAUCACAAUAUCUUUUAGUUGAUCCAAGUGAAGUUGAUAUGAUUGCUAAACCAGAUAAUAUUUCAUUAGCUGAAGCUUCAAGUUGGCCAACAGUGUUUGGGACCGCAUUAUUGAUGUCAAGUGAUUUAAAAUAUAAAGAUAGCAAAGUUUUAGUUAUUGGCGGCGGUACUUCAGUUGGUAGGUAUCUUGUUCAACUUGCUAAACAAGGUGGCGUUAAAGAAGUUGUUGUUACUUGUUCCCCAAGAACUGAAGACGUUCUCAAAUCAUUAGGUGCCGAUACUAUUAUUGAUUACACCAAACAUAAAAACAUUGUUUAUCCUGUUUUAGAAUCAGUUAAAUCAACAGGGAAAUUUGAUUACAUAUUGGAUACUUAUGGAGGUCAUGAUUUAUUCCCAGAAAUAAAUAACAUUUUGACUGACAAAAUUGGUCGUUAUUAUAGUAUUGUUGGUGAUUAUCCAGGAUCUAGCUUUUAUAAUUUAAUCUCAACUUUAUCAGCAAUUUCAUGGAGAAAAUUUCUUGGUGCUGUUGGAUUAUUAUCAUUUAAUUACAAAUUUAUAAUGUUUGAUAACUUUAGAAGUACUAUAGAAAACGCAAGAGAUCUUAUUGGUAGGGGCAAUCUCAAAAUCUUUGUUGAUAGUGUUUACCCAUUUGAUCAAUUGGAUCAAGCCAUUGAAAAAUUAGAUUCCGGUAAAGCUGCUGGUAAAGUUGUUAUUGAAGUUGCUAAAGAAUAA